AUGAGAGAUAUUGCUGGCCUGAAAGAUUGGCAAUGGAUUUUCUUACUCGAAGGUCUACCGAUCAUUCUGCUCGGUAUUAUUACCUAUCUUUUUCUCGGCAAUAUACCCGAUACUGUUCAAUGGUUAAGUAAUAGUGAAAAAGAACUUCUUACAAACAUUCUUCGAGAUGAUGCUGGUAUGACAAAUGGCGAAACAGACUCUGGUUCUCGGGUUUCGUGGCGACAAGUACGAUAUGUGAUUAUGGAUUGGCGAAUUUAUCUUUAUGUUCUAAUCGGUAUUGGACUUUUGAGUGCUAUGCAAUGUCUUACAUUGUUUCUUCCAUCCUUGUUUGAUGAUAAAUUUAAUGAUAAUAAAUUAUUGACAGCUAUUACAUUUAGUAGAAAAUAUUAUCCAAAAGACAAUGCAUUUACUGAUAAAUUUUCUCUUUUACUUGCCAAUGGUUUAAGACGUUUUAAUGUUCAUCAGAUUGUUCGUAUUACAACAUUUGCAGCUAAAAAUCAAUAUUCGAAAUUUAGUGUUGUUACGUGA